AUGCGCGGUGGGAAGUCGAAGAAAGCAGAUGAUGCGACGUCGUCGUUGAACGAGCUUGCUGGUGUGAAUCCUGGUAAGGGCGCAGCAACCACACCAGGGACAUCUGUCAGUGGAGCGCAGCAAGUCCAGAAUAUGCAGACGGGUACUGCGGAUCACUUGGAUAUGGGCUUCAGGAAGUCGUAG